AUGGCGGAUCAGUUUGUAUAUCGCUCCAUUACUCCUGAAGACGCCGACCAAGUUCGACAACUCUAUUACGACUUCUGGAGGUCCGAACCUUUGGCGGUUUCCCUAAAAAUACAAGUUCCACGAGAAUGCGAAGCGUACGUGAAUUACGCUCUCGCUGAGGCUGUCCAUAACAAAGUAUCGGUCGCCGUAGAAGAGAAAGCAACGGGUAAAAUUGUUGGGAUAAACAUGUGUGUGAUUGCAACCCCGGAAAACCCUCAAAUAUGGACAUUCCCUGAUAGUGAUCCAAACUGCCAGAAACUGAGAAAAGACGACGAGAUAUUGCAUCACUUAGCCAUAACUAAGGACUAUUUUAAGCAUUACGGAGUGGAUAAAAUAUUGGAAUCCCGAGGCAUGACGGUUAACAAAAAUUAUGGGCGCAGAGGCAUUGGAAUAAAAAUGUUUGAAAAAACAUUGGAGAUAGCGCGUCACCUUGGCGUACAGCUUGCCGUAAUAGAUUGCACCAGCGCGCACUCGAGACGAAUAUUCGACAAACUAGGGUUUGAAAAGGUUAAUGAGAUUGAUCUGAGAGAUUAUCGUGAGUUAGGUCCCCUGGAAAUAGCUGAUGAUAGUCCUCACUGGCAGGGAACUCUUCAUGUGCUGAGACUGGUUUAA